AUCGUGUUAUCAUUAAAUCCUGUACUGACUUUAGAUAAGAAUUACGAAAUUAAAUCAUUAAACCAAGAUAAUCAGAUUUAUUGUAAAGAAUAAUAUCAUUUUUAUCUGUCCCGCAUUGAAGUAAUAAAUAGUACUGUUACUUCAAUUUCUAAGGAGUAAAGUAAAAGUUCAAGUUUUAGAUCAUAGAGACCAUGAAAAAACUUCAGUUGGAGUCUAUUCUAAAUGCGUUCACAAGGAAAAAAUUAAUAUCUUCACCUACGGAGUCAGGUUUAGCGAGAUGUCUUUCAACAUUAGACCUCACGGCUUUGGGAAUUGGAUCGACUCUUGGUGUUGGUGUUUACGUGCUCGCAGGAUCUGUUGCUAAAAAUUUAGCUGGCCCAGCCGUAGUAAUUUCUUUUGCCAUCGCUGCCGUAGCUUCUAUGUUCGCAGGUCUUUGCUAUGCGGAAUUCGGUGCCAGAGUACCAAAAGCUGGUUCGGCUUAUGUUUACAGUUACGUUACAAUGGGCGAAUUUACCGCCUUCUUGAUCGGUUGGACCCUUAUUUUGGAGUAUGUAAUUGGUUCUGCAAGUGUUGUCCGAGGGCUCAGUACUUACGUCGACGCUUUGUUCAAUAAUUCAAUGCGAACAGCUUUUGAAUCGGCAGCUCACUUUGAUAACGCUAAUUUCUCUCCUUAUCUCGAUUUUUUUGCAUUUGGAAUAACAAUUGCAUUCUCUGUCGCUUUGGCAUUUGGAGCUAAAGAAUCAUCUCUUGCGAAUAAUUUCUUCACUCUAGUCAAUCUUGGAGUUGUUGUAUUUGUCGUUUGCGCUGGAUCUGUUAAAGCAAACGUUGACAACUGGAAAAUUGAUACCGGUUGCAAAAAAGAACCUUGCGGUCCACGUGGAACUGGAGGUUUUAUGCCUUACGGAAUUGAAGGAAUAAUAAAAGGAGCAGCUUCAUGUUUUUAUGGAUUUAUUGGUUUCGACUGUGUUGCAACUGCUGGAGAGGAAGCUAAAAAUCCUAAAAAGUCUAUUCCCAUCGCAAUCGUCGCCUCGCUCACUGUUGUCUUCCUCGCGUACUUUGGAGUCUCUGCUGUUCUGACAACAGUUCUUCCUUAUUACGAGCAAGAUCCCAAGGCUCCAUUUCCACAUCUGUUUGAUGUAAUCGGCUGGAACUGGGCUAAGUGGUUAGUGUCUAUAGGUGCCAUCUGCGGUCUAUGUUCCAGCUUACUAGGUGCAAUGUUUCCACUCCCGAGGGUAAUUUAUGCGAUGGCUUCUGAUGGUUUAAUUUUUAAAUGGAUGGGCAGAGUGAGUUCGCGUUUCCAUACUCCAAUGUACGGUACACUUUCAGCAGGAUUUUUAACUGGUGUACUUGCUGCAGUUUUCGACUUGGAACAGCUCGUGAAGAUGAUGAGCAUUGGUACUUUACUUGCAUACUCAAUAGUUGCAGCAUGUGUUCUUAUCUUACGGUAUGAAGAAAGUGAAGCUUAUGAAAAGAAAGUAGAUAGAGAUCCAAGAACAUUUAGAUUCAUUGCAAUGCAAUUGAUAAAUGCUAAUAAUAUUAACAUGUCAACAAAACUCACCUCACAAAUUGUGUCUACUCUUGUGUUUAUCUAUUUUAUUCUUUGCUUUGGUGUUACGAGUAUUAUUAAAUUCUUUAUUGAAGAAAUAUCCGAAGGACAGGUUUGGAUUAUUUCGUUACUCGUUAUUUUAAUAUUUCUUCUCAUCGCUACUCUUACAUUUAUUUACUAUCAACCAGUAUCAGGAAGAAAAUUAACAUUCUCAGUUCCUCUCGUUCCAUUUUUACCUGCUUUCAGUAUACUUGUCAAUGUACACUUGAUGAUGAUGUUAGAUAUUAUGACGUGGGUUAGAUUUUCAAUUUGGAUGAUUAUUGGUUUAAUGAUAUACUUCUCAUAUGGUGUUUGGAAUAGUAUACAUCGAGUAAAGCCGAGCUAGAUGUAUAAAAAUAGUUUAUUUUAUUAUAAGCUUAAUUGUAAUUUAAUAAUUAUUGAGAUAAUAAACAUCUAUUUAUAA